GAAGAGUUCGGCACAAUCUGGGGGUUGGUCCCAUACCCAGAUGGAUGAGAUGUACUCUGAGUUUGCUCCCCACAAUAAAGAGUGUAUCUAUGAUAUGGCCUUCUUCAUGCAUGGAGCUUCUUCCCUGGUACCUCCUCUGCCACAAGAGACCUCUCAGGACUCUCUUCAGAUGCAACUAGAUGCUGCUAAAGCCAAACAUGCGGAUCUGAUGGAGAGGCAACGAGGCUACGAAGCUAUGUUCGACAUGAUUGUCGACCAGAACCCAAUGCUAGCAUCAGCGUUGAGGGCUCGAGAGGCAACUGACUCAGAGCGAGCAAAGGCGUCGAGUGGUGAGGAGAUGACCGAGAAGAAACGGGACUUUGAUGCUCUGUUCGAUAUCAUUGCUGAGCAGAAACCAAUGCUAGCGUCAGCAUUAAGGGCUCGGCGUGCAACAGACUCAGAGCUAGCUGAGACAUCCAGGGAUCAGGAGAUGACCGAGCUCAACCAAGCUACGGCAGCAGAUUUUCUUCCUCGAGACGGAGAAUAAAUUUAUGAUUGUCAAAACAAUUUUUUCUUUUUUUGUAUUACUACUACGGUAAUAGUUUUAUUUUAAAAUUUUAGACCUUUUGAUAGUUUACUAAUUUGGUUCGGUUUGUAUUUAUUUAGACUGAAUUCCGGUUCAGAGAUUCUUCCUCUAAGUAUGGAUCUUUCAUAUCUUCGCUUCUCUCUCGAAAUCCAAACUAUCUACCCUCGAUUUCGGUCGUAAGCUAACUAUUCGCUUCUGUUUCUACUUGUGAGUUAAGAAAUGAAAGAAAAUAUCUUAA